GAGAAACAUUUCAGCCUCUUCCAUUUUAGCAGGACAAAAAAUCCAACCUAUUUUCACCCCCCAAAAAUUUAAAGAUGAGCAAAUUCCCCAAAAAUCCAAAAAGGAGAUGGCCGAUUUCGAAAAGAGGGGCCUGAAAAAGAAUGGGCAUAGUGGGCUGACUAUGAGAAUUGAUGUUACGAAACCCAAGAGAGCAAAAUAAAUUAUUGUGCGCCGUCGAUUUCACGUUUCAGAAACACUCGAGGGAGUGAGAGGGAGAGAGAGGGGGAGAGCUUCUGCUUUUUCGUCGUCGUCGUCUUCUUCUUUAAGCAGGAAUUCCGGCCCCUCUUUAAGUCCCAGAGAAAUUGGAAUUGAUAAGGGAUGUAUAGCUCAUCAAGAUCAAAAGCCACCUGGACUCCGGGGCACCGGAAAAUAUUCUUUGAUCUUUGUCUGGAAGAGGUGGACAAAGGGAAUAAGCCCGGUACACACUUUACCAAGGAGGGUUGGAGGAACCUCAUCCAAGGGUUCUACGAGCAGACGGGUUUAAGGUACACUAAGAAGCAAAUGAAGAACCAUUGGGAUUUCACCAAGAAGCAAUGGAAAGUUUGGGUUAAGCUCAUUGCUGAGAGUGAUAUGAAGUGGGAUCCUACGACCAAUCAAUUCGGUGCUAGUGCAGAAGAAUGGGCUUACUACAUACAGGUGAACCCCGAAGCUGCACAGUUUCAGCAUAAAGAAAUCCCGUGCCCUGACCUUUUGGAAAUCCUUUUUGUUGGCACUACGGAUUCUGGGGACAUGGAGCCUUGUGAUUCUCAGUGGAGGCAAAGCACUAGCUCGGACAACUCCCUUCUGCACUCGGAAGAACAAGAUUUGGUGACUGUGGAGCUGGGAGAGGAGCAUCUUUCAAACGCGAUUCCAUUAAGGAGUUACGUGGCUCAGUCCGAACACCGUCUAACAACUGCAAGUGAGCAAAGCAUAUCUAGCUCAUCCCAUUCAAAGGCAAAGGCGGUUUGGUCGCCUGUAUCCCACGGUGUAUUUAUCGAUCUAUGUCUUGAAGAGACAUUGAAAGGGAACAAACCCGGGACACAUUUUACCAGGGACGCUUGGAGGACUCUCGUCGAAUCAUUUCACCAAAAAACUGGCCUUAUGUACGACAGGUUGCAGUUGAAGAAUCACUGGGAUGUCACCAAGGAACAAUGGAGAAUAUGGUGUAAGCUAAUUGGCACAACUAGUAUGGCUUGGAAUCCGAACACCAGACGGUUUGGAGCAAGUGAUGAAGAUUGGGCCAAUUACUUAGAGACCGACCCCGAAGCUGCUUCAUUCCGCUUUAAGGAACCCAAUGCUGACAAACUGGAAGCCAUAUUUGACGGAACAACAGAUACCGGAGAGACAGAGCCUCCUGCCAGGCGGAGGAAGUACAACGAUAACUUGAGUACAUCCGUUUUGCAUAUAGAAGACGGAGGCAUAGCGAAUCAAGAGGAGAACAACGUUGAGCAACUUGAUGCCGUAACAGUUGCUUUUGCACAAGGCAAGCCCACUUAUAGCAUUGGGGAGUGCAUCAACUGUCUUGAUGCCAUGGAGGAAGUAGAACAAGGAAGUGAUCUCUAUUUGUUUGCAUUAGAUGUAUUCCUGAAAAAGGAAUACAGGGAAAUAUUUCUUCUACUGAAAAGGCCUAGUGUAAGGAUUGCUUGGUUGCGGCGGCUGCAAUCCGUCGGUCCGCCAUUGUUUUAGGAUGCUUCUGGUCUCUUGGAAUUCUCUUGUUCUUUGAUCUUAUCAUCAUUAUCUUGUUUUUGCCUGUCACUCGA